AUGGCGUAUAACCGAUUUGAGGGGUCAGACUUACCGCAGGUUUACGACAGGGAUAACCUACCACAGGUCUACGACAGAGAGAGCCUACCGCAGGUUUACCAGGGGCAUAGGUUUGAAGAAGGACUUCAAAUACUCGAAUCUGAAUCACCCGAGAGCCAAGCAGCAAUCAUCGAUCCUGGAAGUACUGGGAAAGCGCCAGAACCUUUCUGGACGAGGAAGAAGAUCGGUAUUGCAGCCGGAGUAGCAGCGCUGAUUGUUAUUGGAGUUGUCGUCGGCACCGCGGUUGGCGUUGUUACCAGUCGAAAAGGGACAGGCAGUGGUGAGUCAAGCAGUCAACCGACAGGGACUGAAAUGGCAUUGACCGCGACAACAACGAGUUUCCCUACUCCAAGUGUAGUGGCGACAACAUGCCACCCAUCAAUAUGCCCAGCGAUCCUAGCCGCAGCGCGACCUUCCUCUGAUCCGAAAGCCUUCUUCCUCUUCGGCCGCGGUACCGACAAUGCGAUAUGGUAUCGCGAAUCGGAUGGUGAAAGAUGGCUAAAGGAUUGGGAAUCUUUGGGUGGCAAGUUUGACAGCCAACCGGCGGCGGUUUCGAUCCGCGAGGGCCAAAUUGACGUUUUUGGUAUCGAUACGGAUAAAACGAUGCGCACAAAGUCAUAUCGAAAUUCGGCUUGGGAAUCUUCCUGGGCAUCACUUGGUGGAGCUUGCAACGCCGCACCAGCAGUAUGCUCAAUGAGAGAAGGGAGGAUGGACCUUUUCACCCUCUCAUCGACGAACGACCUCGCUCACAAGUACUACGAGAAUGGGCAGUGGGCCUCACUGAGCUCUGGAUCAGGCUGGGGUCGCUCUGAGGGUUAUGUCGCGAGCUCUUUGGCGGCUUCUUGCCGUGGAAACAACUUUAUGGACGUGACAGUAUAUGGAAAUGAAAAAGCCCCAUUCAAGAUAGCCUCAACGCAUUGGAAUGGAUCGGAUUUCGAGAGGUGGAGUUCGCUGACGGGCCAUUAUAAAAGCAACCCGUCAACUAUCGCGAUGACGGAAAAUCGAACAGAUUUUUUAGGUCUAAACAGCGACAAGGCCAUGGUUUAUCUAUCAUGGGGUGACGGAGCAGACCUCAGCAAGCUCAAAACAACCGUCAUUGGGGGCGAGGCUCAGUCAGUUGCUGGUUUGGUUUCCCCAAGAAGUGGAAGGCUGGAUGCCUUUGCAGUUGGGAAUGAUUCCAAGCUCAAACACAAAGCGCUCGUUGGCUCGGAAUGGGGUUCCUCGUGGGACGAUCUAGGAGGCGCAUUCAAUUCGGCCCCUUUGGCCCUCCCAAUCGGCAAUGACUCCAUUUUGGUAUUUGGCAUUGGACCUGGGGGAAAAGUCAUUCACACCAAGUUGCAGAUCGGCUCGGAAAACUCCUUGAGUGCUUCAAACUGGUUCAGCGACGGAGGCUCUCUUUCUGUACAGUGGCUUUCAGCAGGACCGGCAUAG